AUGUUGUGGAUAGAUAACCUACCUCAUAAUCUAUAUGAUAAAAAUGAAAUGCUGUUCGUUGAACGCAUAAUGCGUUCCCUCGCCAAGGGCUACAACGAUCACGGUAAAGUGAAAGCGAUUGCAGAUAAAGGCACCAAUGACAGCGACAGCAGUGACUCCAGUUCUAGUGAGAGUAGAGGCUGUGAUUUGAAAAAAAAUAACAGUUGCAGUGACAGCGACGAGGAU